CAUCCUAAUAGGAAAAUAUCUGAUAAAGGAUUAUGGCUUUUCCUAAUAUCUCCAAGCACUGGACUGGUUGCUUUGAAUUUGGAAAUGGAUCUUGUCCUGAAACGUUCAGAUCACCAGCUUCACUCUCCAACCAACUUCCUGAUCCUCUCCAUGGCUGUCACCGACUUUCUUCUGGGAUUCACCAUUAUGCCUUACAGCAUGGUCAAAUCUGUGGAGAACUGCUGGUACUUUGGGAUCACUUUAUGCAAAGUCCACUAUAGUUUUGAUGUGAUGCUCUGUGUGACUUCUAUCUUUCAUCUUUGUUCCAUUGCUGUUGAUCGCUUUUAUGCUAUCUGUUACCCACUGCAUUAUUCUAGCAAAAUAACCAUCUCUGUGAUAAAGCGAAUGCUAGCAGUUUGUUGGUCAGUGCCAGUUGCUUUUGCUUUUGGGGUGUCUUUCUCAGAAGUAUAUGCUUCUCGAAUAGAGGGCUAUCAGAUUUUAGUAGCAUGCUCUAGUUUGUGUCAUACUGUGUUCAACAAAUUAUGGGUAACAAUUUUGUUCACAGUUGGCUUCUUUACUCCUGGCUGUGUUAUGCUAGGAAUUUAUGUCAAAAUUUUUUUAGUAUCCAAAAAGCAUGCACGUGUUAUGAGCAGCAUGCCUGAAAAUGCAGAUCAUGAAAAACCAAAUCAACUUUCCAAGAAUAAAGACAGGAAGGCUGCUAAGACACUGAGUAUAGUCAUGGGGGUGUUCCUAAUAUGCUGGUUUCCAUGUUUCAUCACAGUUUUAAUUGACCCAUUUUUAAAUUUCUCUCUUCCUACGCUGUUGCUUGAUGCCUUAACAUGGUGUGGCUAUUUUAAUUCUACCUGUAAUCCAUUAAUAUAUGGUUUUUUCUACCCCUGGUUUCGAAAAGCACUGAGAUACAUAUUAGGUAAAAUAUUCCAGACACACUUCAAUACAGCUAGUCUGUUUCCUGAAAAUCAAUAA